AUGUACACUGCGAUCGAAUUCUACAACGCCAGCUUUAAUCGGCUUAAGCUUUCCAGUCGACUGAUCGGUGCGGGCUUGUGGGAGAAGCAGGAAGGCAUAUUAUGGGGUCGGGUCGCGAGCGUGAUGCAGAUAGUGUUAUUUUUGACUUUGCAUGCUUGGACGGGCUACAAGUAUCGCUAUGAUGCGCUACAGAUGCUCGAGACGCAAUCGCUCAUCUGUACCGGUGCCGCGUUGAUGAUCAAGUACUUUACGAUGAUUCGGAAUCCGGCCCCGGUCCGUGAGCUUUCGGGCAAUAUUGAAACGCAGAUGUACACCAAGUAUCAGGAGAUGAGCCCCGAGUAUCCAGUGGUGCUGAAGUAUGGACGGGUAUUGUACAUUGCUGGGCACAUCAUGAUCGGAGGAUACUUUGGUUCGUUGUUUAUCAUAUGGAUCAAUCCGCUGAUCAUGUAUUUUAAAGAGGGUCGUGUGAUGUUGCUGUUUUUCUGCGAAAUUCCGUACGUCGAUUGGACGGUGAUGAAAGGCUACUGGACCACGGUUAUAUUGCAGCUUUUCUUCUACAUCACCGGAACGUGCGGAUUGAUUUUGGUCGAUUAUUUGUGCGCAUAUUUUACAAUCAACGGGUCACUGUAUGUGGACAUUUUGCGCUUUCAUCUAGACGAACUCAGCGAGUUGUUAGCUAGUCCUGGUUAUCAGACGCGCAACUCGCCCGAAAUUAUGGCGAAGGUGAGCCGCAAAUGGCGAAUGUGUCUCGUGGAGCAUCAACGCAUCGUAGAAUAUUAUGAUAAUUUUUCCGACCUGUGGAGUAUGAUUAACCUAGCACAAGUGAGCUGCAGUGUGUUUGGGAUCUGCAUCAAUAUGCUGAUUAUUUUUCUGGUAAUGUACAUCACCGAUUGGUAUGCGGCGUAUGCAAUUUUGUUUGCACUGUUCAUAGACCUGUCGGUACAUUUUGUGCUAGGGGCUAUCAUCGAGAGAAAGGUUGACGAUCUGCAUAUUAGUUUGAUGCAUUUCCCUUGGUAUUUGAUGGACGAUAGGCGACAGAAAGAAUACAAGCUGCUACUAUUACGUGCGCAACAACCAUCUGGAAUGUCGAUUGCUGGUCUCACGCCAGUUAAUUAUGAAACCUACACUCAGCUCUACGUCAAGUUCAUCAUCGGACAUAAAAAGGCAAGUGAGCUCAAGUUGCUUAGCGAUAACAUUGAGCAGGCUAUCCUGCAGCGCUAUGAAAAUGGAAAAGCAGAGGAAAUUACCGUACUGCAACGUACUGGCCGUAUACUUUGGUUUAUUUUUCGUUUCAUGCGCACAUCGGUUAGUAGCGCUGCAUUUGGAUUCUUUUUAUAUCCAGUUAUUGCUUACUAUACGACCGGGGUACUUAUGCCUUUGUUCAUGAUCGAGCUUCCCUAUUACGGUUGGACAACUACCAUGGGACUCGCGAUGAACAUGUUUUGUCAAGCGAAUAUAUUGGUGAUUGGAACGAUGGGAGCUAUAAUGUCCGACUUUCUAUUCUUCAUGUACGCGAUGUAUGCAAUGACAUGCAUUGAUAUUUUUAUUGUGCACCUGCGUGAGCUAGAGACGCUGCUAAAAGAGGUUCAUAUUCAUGAAAAGGACUGUGGAAAACAAACAUCAAUAAUGCGGCAAAAAUGGAUUCAGUGCAUGCAAGAUCACCAACAAGCUACUAGCUUUCUAAAUACGUCUGAAGACAUUUUCGGAAUAACGUGUUUAGCACAGGUGCUUAUGGGAAUAUUCACGGUCUGUGAUGGAAUGUUACUGGUAGCUUUGACAUUUUGGUAUCCUACCUAUUGCUUUCUGGUGGUGAUGUUUGUCGAGCUUUCAAUUUACUUUGUGAUUGGACAUUUUGUAGAACUGAAGAUCGAUGAAAUGUACAACAGUAUCAUCUCGAUGCCGUGGUAUAAACUACCAGUGGAGGAACAGAAGGAAUUCGCCUUUCUGAUGUGCAGACAGCAACGUCCCAUGAUGUUAACAGCUUAUGGGUUUCUCACCAUGAACUUCGAGUCAUACAUGAGUGUAUUGAAGGGUCUGUAUCAAUUUUUUGUGAUGAUCAUGCAGUACGUUGAAUAAAGAAGACACCAGUAUGAUCAUUCUGCUGCAC